GAGUGGUGGUAGGAGGGACGUACCUGGGGUAUUUAAGUAGGACGGAGUCAUAGCAAGAAGAAAACUCACUUCUUACCUGGAGAAGACGUGGAGAAGAUCGAUACACAUUCUGCCCAAGGUGAAGCUCCAAGCGAAUACCCGUGAGACCUUUAACCGCCAGCAUGCCGUCCCAGAUGAAGCCCGAGCUCCUUGUCACUGGCAUCGUGACCCACGGUGAUCUGCACAGUCUGCCAUCCGAGGUCUGCGCUUACAUAGCCACCAAUGCACGUCUCUGCCAACCAGAGAACAUUCACAUCUGUGAUGGCUCCGAAGAUGAGAACAAGAAAAUCCUUCAGCAGAUGGAGGAGACCGGGAUGGUGAAAAAGCUGCACAAGUACGAGAACUGCUGGCUGGCGCGGACGGAUCCUCGGGACGUUGCCAGAAUAGAGAGCAAAACGGUGAUAGUGACUCAGGAGCAGAGGGACACGGUCCCCGUCGCCAAAAGCGGGAUCAGCCAACUCGGGCGCUGGAUGUCGGAAGACGAUUUUGAAAAAGCUUUCAAAUCGAGAUUCCCGGGAUGCAUGAAAGGCCGCACGAUGUACGUCAUCCCUUUCAGCAUGGGGCCGAUCGGGUCUCCUUUAUCCAAGAUUGGGAUCCAGCUGACCGACUCUCCUUACGUAGUUGCAAGUAUGAGGAUCAUGACGCGCAUGGGGGAAGCUGUCCUGGAGUCGCUCGGGGACGGAGAGUUUGUGAAGUGCCUUCAUUCUGUCGGCUGCCCACUACCCCUGAAAAAACCUCUGGUCAAUAACUGGCCUUGUAACCCCGAGCAGACACUCAUAGCGCACAUCCCGGACCGCAGGGAAAUCAUCUCCUUUGGCAGCGGGUAUGGAGGAAAUUCUCUUCUGGGUAAAAAGUGCUUCGCCCUGAGAAUCGCCAGCCGCAUUGCCAAGGAAGAGGGGUGGCUGGCCGAGCACAUGCUGAUUCUGGGAAUUACCAACCCUGAGGGCAAGAAAAAGUAUUUUGCUGCCGCGUUUCCGAGCGCGUGUGGAAAGACGAACUUAGCCAUGAUGAAGCCUUCUCUCCCGGGCUGGAAGAUUGAGUGCGUGGGGGAUGACAUCGCAUGGAUGAAGUUUGAUGAACAUGGAAACUUGAGGGCCAUCAACCCAGAAAAUGGUUUUUUUGGAGUCGCGCCUGGAACAUCUGUGAAAACCAACCCAAACGCCAUGGAGACCAUUCGAACCAACACUAUCUUCACGAACGUGGCAGAGACAAGUGAUGGCGGAAUCUACUGGGAGGGCAUGGACGCCACCCUGGAACCCGGACUUACCCUGACCUCGUGGAAGAACAAGGAAUGGACACCCGAGGAUGGUGAACCCUGCGCCCACCCGAAUUCCCGAUUUUGCACGCCAGCCAGCCAAUGCCCCAUCAUCGACCCCGCUUGGGAGUCAUCCCUGGGAGUCCCUAUAGAAGGCAUCAUUUUCGGCGGCCGUAGACCAGAAGGUGUGCCUUUGGUAUACGAGGCGUUAACCUGGCAGCAUGGGGUCUUCAUUGGAUCCGCCAUGAGGUCCGAGGCAACGGCCGCUGCUGAGCAUAAAGGCAAGGUUAUCAUGCACGACCCCUUCGCCAUGAGACCUUUCUUUGGGUACAACUUUGGCCGAUACCUGGCCCACUGGCUGAGCAUGGAGCAUCUCCCCUCAGCCAAGCUCCCCAAGAUCUUUCACGUCAACUGGUUCCGCAAAGACACGCGGGGGAGCUUCCUGUGGCCCGGCUACGGGGAGAACAUACGUGUUCUCGAAUGGAUGUUCAACCGCAUUGACGGAGAAGACUGCGCCAAAGAGACGGCCGUCGGCUACAUCCCGGCAGAGGGCUCCCUCAAUCUGAAGGGGCUGGGAGAUAUCCAUGUGGAAGAGCUCUUCGAAAUAUCCAAGGAGUUUUGGGAAGAGGAGGUCCGAGAUAUUAGGAAGUACUUUGACGAUCAAGUCAAUGCAGAUCUCCCGUAUGAGAUAGAGCGUGAGUUAGACGGCUUGGAAGAGAGGAUCAAACAGCUGUGAGAACACGUGGAGGAGCAUGAGGAGCAUCUCACAGAGACAUAGAGAAUUACUGAGGGGCAAGACCCUUUUCUGAACCACGGGAAGGGCCCUCUUGCGGUCUUACCCUGUCCCUCGUGUCCUGUGUCAGGACCAAUCAGAAUCGCAAAGACAAACUAUGUACUGUAUCUUUAACUUCCUGUCUUCCAUUCUUGCGCUGAACCUUUUGUAUGAUAUGUGUGGAGAGGAGGGAGACGCUGAAAGGGAGGAGAGGAGGGAGACGCUGAAAGGCAGGAGAGGGUCCUUUAGUAGAGGCGGAGGAGACAGAAGCCGGGCUGCCGGCCGAUUAGUGCUGCAUGUUUAGGUUAGUUUAUAGAUUUCUUGGGUUUACUGGAUUUUAUGACAAACAAGUUAUUCUACAUUUUUUACAAUAUCUACUGUAUUUUCUUGCUGUUUUGUUUAAAUUCACGUAUUAAAUUUUAUAAGAAA